CGCGAAACGCACGAAUGCCGCGACCGCCUCAACGCAAUCGUCAGUCCUAAGCUGGCAUCUCCACCGGCUGGUAAAUGGCCUUCCAAGGUGGCAGGGUCACUAUGUGUUUAUUCGCUUGUCGAUGCCGUGGCAAUCGAGUCUGAAGCCUCUGCUAAUAUAGCGUCCUGCAGCCAAAUAUGCAGAUCACGGCGAAUUAAAUAUCGUUCGCGCGACUGUCGCUGGAUCCAUGAAAUCAGCACAACCGCUUCACCAUCAAGUCCUGCGCAUAAAGAAAAUCCUUUGAGCUCAGCUGUUUACCACAAAAGCGGAUACCCUUCGAUUCAAGAACCUGAGUAUGCUUUACGAGAUCUACAGGUCGCCAAACUGUUUCGCCACUAUAUAAAAAACCUAGCUCCCUGGUAUGAUCUGAACGACAGCAAGCGGAAUUUUGAGGACAUCGUUCCCAUUCGAGCGCGAUGUAAUCCGCUAUUACUUAGUGCUACUCUCGCUUUCGCUGCUGCGAACCACCACCGCACUCUCGGAGACCAUGCUUAUCUGGAGAUUUCGGAGUUUUAUCACUAUGGUAGUGUUCGGAUACUGAUAUCUCUAACACUGAUAUCUCUAACUGAAGAUUCGGAUCAGUUCCCUAUUGGAGAGACCCUGGCCGCUAUUUGCCUGCUCCGUUCUUAUGAGAUCAUAACGCGUAGGUGGAUUCAAAUCGCAUCCAUCAAAAUCAUUUUUCGUCAAGUGAACCUGAAGCUAACCGGGGGAUGGCUCUCAUGUGGUGCUAGAAAAUGCCAGCUCCCAAAGUCAUCUGCAAGGAUCUGGGAACUUCAUCUCACAGCAGAUCUCCACAGUGCUGGCUACUGGAAGUACCUGCGCGAGGAUAUCACAGUAGCCUCUCAUGAUCACUCUUUGAUUCAAAACGCUCCUCUAGAACCAACCGACGACGCGGGAUUCGCUAACUACAUUACCUUUCUUCUGGCGAGAAUCAUCAACCGGUCUUUAUGCAUUGAUUCACCGGCUUUAGACCUCCUGGAGUGGGAAGCCAUGAAAGCUGACCUCGACAACUGGAAAUAUUCUCUUCCUUCAUCGUUUGACGUGAUAGAAACCCCAGGGCUAUCGAUCCAGAGGAGAUUCCUCUCUAUACGGACAAUGCGAAGCUGGCAUGUAUCUACUCUCCAUUACUACCAUACCACCAUGGGCAUUCUUUGGUUAUCUCAGCCAGCAACGAAACCCUUAAAAGCGUUACAACGCAUAAGGGACGUCGAAAGUUUGAGUCAAAAACUCGAAUACCAUGCGACCGAAAUUUGUGCUUUGGCAUUUUCAAGCGAUUCUGCUCCUGUGUGGGUCAAUGCUUUCGGACCGUGA